AUGCCCACUCCCACCAACUGCCCCGCUCUCCACUCCCACUCCCACCCGGAACUCGACCUCUCACUCCUUACUCCCCCACUCCCUCCUCUCACCUCGCCACUCCCACUGCACUUGCCCCACUAUCUCGACCUGCUCACUCCCCACUCGCCACCACUCGCCGAGCCUCUCACCGUGCCCAAUUCGCACUACCCCUCUCAACCCUCCCACUGCCACCACUCCCUCUCAACUCCCCCUCCCACUCCCCCUCUCACUCCGCCACUCCCAAGGGCCACGCGGACUAAUCUCUCCCCUCUUCACUUCCCCCUCGGCCACCUCCCACAUUCCCCCACUCUCCCGCUCUCACUCCCACUCCCAGCCCAGAGGGACACUGCCCCUCCUCAUCCUCCCACCACUCUCCGCCCCUCUCACCUCCGCCACUCUCAGCAACUGCGUGGUCCCCCCUGCGUCACUCCCACUCCACCACUCCACCCGUCGUCACUCCACUGCCCAGCCGAUGAGGUUCGGAACCCAUUGAUGGGCUCGAAGGAGGUUGAGGUGCUGCCGGGGCUCUACGUGGGCAACUUCCGAGACAGCAAGGACCCCGAGCAACUCAAGGCUCACCACAUCACCCACAUCCUCUCGAUCCACGACAAUGCCAGGAAACUACCGUGCAACAGUGACAAAGAGUACCUGUGCAUUCUGGCCUCCGACUCCCCGGGGCAGAACCUGACGCAGUACUUCCCCGCCUGCAACGACUUCAUCCACACGGCCAGGCUCAAGGGCGGCUCCGUCCUCAUCCACUGUCUGGCCGGCAUGUCUCGCUCGGUGACGGUGGCGGUCGUGUACGUCAUGUGCGUGACCUCGCUCAGCUGGAGGGACUCCCUGAAGGCGGUCCGUGGCGCCAGGAACGUCGCCAACCCCAACGUGGGAUUCCUCAAGCAGCUGCAGGACUUCGAAACGGACCGCAUGAACGAUGAGCGGCGCCGCCUCAAGGCCAAGUACCCGAGCAUGAAACUGGAGGAGGAGGACGAGCAGAUGGCCAAGCAGCUCCUGGCCUCCUACUACCACUCCCUCAGCGUCGGGGAGAUGUGCGAGGGCAACUGUCCCGUGGGCGUGACCUGUCCGAGGGGCCUCUGCCACCCGACGAGGAGGGUUGGGCUCUUUAGAAGAAACUCGGCCAGCCGUUCCUCAAGCCCUUCUCGCCGCUCCUGCAGUCCUUCAAGGUCACCUUACAGUCCUUCCAGCUCCCCAGUAUCCCCGCGGCGCAGCAGCCCCACACCGCCCUCCCCACUUACCCGAAGGUCCUCUAGGAGCAGCUCUCCACAACUUACUCCUCCUCAGCAGUCAUCUCCUCAGCUCACACCUCAGCACGCGUCUCCCAGAACGGUUACCAGACGCAUCUCUUCUCCUAUGACUUCCCCAAGACAUGCCAGUGUGCCCCAAAUAUCCCCGAGUCAUUCUCUUUCAUCUACCAGCUCUUACCGCGGCAGUUCACCAACCAGUCCUCAUCGUAGUCGUUCACCCUCUAGAUCGCUUGAUUCAUCCCCCAUGAGCUCCCCACUGUAUGGCUCCUCUUCCUCCAUCAACUCCCCGAAGCACACUUUGCACUCGUACACUUCCCCACCGAGCUCACCUAGCCGCUCCGUCUCGCCCUCAGGGUCACAGAAACGCAAAGCAUCACCAGUUCCUUCUCCCAAACACCUCUCCUCCACCCCGAACUCCCCACAACAAACGGUCACCAAAACCUCACCCAAAAGCUUCUUCCGACAAUGCACUUUGUGGGUACAGUCGGCCAGGAAGUCUUCAGAAAACAAUGCCUCUAAGGAAAAUGCAGCACAGAAGGAAGCAGUCGAUAGCAACAGUAAUCCGAAGCAAAGCAAGACCACUGAGAUGAAACCAGAAGUGCUAGCGAAUGGUUCUGUGAAACAGGUCUCCCCUAUCCAUACUCAGGAUACCUCUCUUUCUGAUCCAUUAAGCACAGACAUAUCUCUUCCUCAGCAAUAUUCAGAUUACUCACCCUAUACCCAGCCAGCUAUCAUGAAAUCCUAUGUACAUAUAUACAGGCAAUCCUCUCUUCCAGAAGAAGAAUCAGAGGAGUCUCUCCGGCUCAGCGUCUCUCCUUUCAGCUCACCUCAACACCAGAGGUACAAAUGGAUCACCAGACACACAGUUCCUCCACCAACAAUCCCGUGCCCCUACAAUGAACUGUUCAAACAGGCUUCUUUACAGGAAUCAAGAUACAAACCAAACAAAACUCCAUACCAACAAACUAGCAUAAGUGUUCCACAGCUAAAUAAGAAUAUCCAUACCUCUUCGUCUCAUGGGAAUUCAGAAGAGUACCAUAAGCGUGAAUGCACAAGAGUGUCAUCUUUGAACAGUACAUGUCCUGUGUCUGACAUGCCCGAAAAACAUGUUCCUAGACAGUCGUCCCUCCCUGAGAAGUCAUCACUAACAGUUACAGGACAAUAUCACCCACAUUUUGUAACAAGCAAUGAUAUUCAAAAUUCACCAAUUAGUUCUGUUACUCAGAAAAUAACAGUAUCCCCAGAAACCCUCCAUGAACAGAUUCAUAUCACUCUAUCCAGUGAGCCAGAUGCCUUAGAAUCACCACCAAGAAAUUUCAGCACUUGCAAAUAUGAGGUGCCAAUCCCAUCAGCUUUGGAAGACUACCCUCCCAAAUCUUCUUCAAGACAUGGUUCUUUGAAAAACGAUAACAAGCCAGAUUCCAGAAGUCUUAAAGAGGGUAGAGAUAGCCAUGCCCUUCCUCAGGGUAGUAAAUCUUGGAACGAACCCCAGAAAAGAGAGAAGGGUCAUGUAUCUGAUAAUUCAGGGAAGGGUAACAAAUCUUGCAACCUCACAAGACCAGACAAGAGUCCAGACAUUCCAUCAGUACAAAGCAAUAAGACUUGUUCCCCUUCACUACAAGGCAAAAAGCACAGCCCAUCACCAUCACCCGACAAGAAACCUGGCACUCCACCUUUGCAAGACAGGAGAUCUACCACUACAAAUAAACGUGAAAGCAAGCCAGGUACUCCGCCAUUACAAGAUGGCAAAUCUACCCUUCCACGCUCUCGAGACAGAAAAUCCAGUUCCUCAUCAAUUCGAGAGAGCAAACCAGGCACUCCUCCCUUACAAGAAAGAAAACCUAACACAUCAUUACAAGACAAUAAACCUGUUACACCUCCGUUAAAAGACAGGAAAUCUAUUAAUUCCACGUCACGUGACAGAAAAUCUAGUACAUCAUCACAAGAAAGUAAAUCAGCUAGAGAUAGAAAAGCUAGUAUUACGUCAUUACAUGAAGGCAAGCCUGUUACUCCACCACUAAGAGAGAGAAAAUCUAGUUCUUCAUCUCUACGAGAAAGCAAACCUGUUACUCCAUCACAAGACAAAAAGUCCAGCCCCUCACUACGAGAUAAACCUGGUAAUCCAUCACAGCAAGACAAAAAAUCCAUUAGUGUAGACAAGAAAUCGCAAGAUAGGAAGCCUGGUACUCCACCGCUGAAAACGAGGAAAUCUAACAGUUCGAUGGUAGAAGACAAGAAGGGGAAUACUCCUACUGAGUGUAUGAAUACAGGUUAUGCGUCAAAGGAAGACAAAAAAUCUGACUCUAGACAUACAAAAGACAAAACGCUUCCACAAAAUAAGGCACCAAGUACCACGGCAACUAAACAUAGAAAGCCUUCGUCUUCGCGUUCUCAAGAAAAUGUGUCAGACUCUCAAUCAACUAAAGAUAAGAUGUCAGACACAUCAGUAAAACACAGUAAAAAGGCUGAUGUUUCACAAACAGACAGCAAAAAGGCUGCUGGGUCGAACAGUCAGUCAUCACACACCACUACACCUGUUACUUCUCCAGUUCAAGGAAAGAAAUCUACUGCAAUGAGUCACGACAAAAAAUCUGCUACGCCCCAGAGUAAAAAUGAAAAAGCUAGUCCUUCUACACAUGGCAAAGAUGUUGGUAAGACUGAACCUAAGGCUAGUCAUUCGACACAAAAUAAGACUAGCACUCUUACAAGACAGAAAAGCAGGUCUAAUACAUUAAUUGACCAAGAGGGCAGACCAGUUACACUUCCAAGGAAAGAUACCAAGUCUAGUCAAUCAGCUGUUCUCACCCAACAAAACAGUGGAAAUAAAAAGAGUAAAACUGCCAUGCAAGAUGGCAAAGCUAUUACUUCGCCCAGAGACAAGAACAGCCCUGUCAACCUUAACAAACAAGAGAAUAAAUCCAAAACAACCAAGAGACAAGACAGCAGGUCGGAUGUCCAUAAGAUUCCUAAUAGCAAAUCUUGCACUUUCAAAAGACAAGACAGUAAGCCUGAUGUUUCCAAAAAUGACAGUAGCAAGCCUUGUACCAUUGUAAGACAGAAUAGUAAAUCUGACAAUCUGUCAACCAGUAAUAGCAAGCCAGAUACACUCUCAAAACAAAAUGAUGAAUAUAUCCCUGCAAGCAAUAAUAAGGCACACAAAUCACAGCCUCCUCAAGCACACUGCUCAAACAUGGAAGAGCCUACUAAAGUCUCAAAUCCAGAUCAUUCCUGUGCAAUAUCAUGUCUGCUUCCCCGAACCUCGUCUCAGAAUUCCCUACAAAAUCUAAGUACUUGGCAGCAAACGGGUCUAGGUGUCAAUGCUGACCAUUCCCAAGAGCCGUUAAUCACUCCUGUACAUCAACAAUCACAACUCUCUAAAACAUCUGCUCAAAACAAACAUCCCUCAGCUUCAGAGCAUGAUUUAGAACCACCGCUACCUAUCCAGCAUCAGCCACAAGUAUCAACACAACAGAAUGCCUUACCGUCAGUCACAGAACCAAACUCCAUGUCAACACCAAUACAAGAACAACCCAAGUCAGUCCAUUCGCCAGUUCCCAUUCCAAACUCUGGGCCACUUAAGGUCCAGGCUCGAGUGCUACUCAUCCAAUCCCAACCUUCAUGUUCACCUUGCUUAUCCAGCCUUUCCAGCGGAGGCCCAAGCAGGCAGUCUGUGACCAAGACCUACCUUGUUGAUAAACCCAUGAGCCAUCAUCACCAUCACCCCAAAUUGCUGUUCUCAUCCCAGAUUGGUGAUGCUCUGAGUCCUUGCACUCCUAACUCCUGAUCAGACAGUCUGAAUCCAAAUAACGACGACAAAAACUUUUCUAAAAGUGUUACUGGUAGAUGUGGCAGUCGGCUUCAGACACUGUACUGCUUUCCAAGACUUUUAAAUUUUAUUUAUAAUUUCUUUUGAGUUUACGGAAGUACAAAUUAUUGUGAAAGUAAAAUUGUAAACAAAAGAAUAAUAGGCCACGCGAAGAAACCAUAUUAGAAAUGAUGAUGAUAUACAACUGCUUGUUCCGUAAUAUGACAGCAAAAUGUGUUCAAAAAGCGACCAAAACUUCUAAUUUGUAAACAAUAGAAGAAUUUUUUUGAACAACGACGUUUUUUCACAAAGAAAGUAUUUUUCCUUGCUUUAGAUAAAAAUUAUUAGUUUUCAAAUCAGACUGAAUUUUUCAUACUGAUGACUUAAAACAUUAUAACUUUAUAUA